GAGAGGGGUCCCGGGGAGCUCCCUCCCAGUUCCCGAGGCGCCGCGGUCACCCCUGCAGGGCCCUGCCCAGACUCGCUGGAAGGGGAGGGUGGCGCGCCGUAGUUAGUUGGUCCCCGGCACAGGAAGAAACGCCUUGGCAGCGGGGUUAUUUGCUGCUGGGCUGAGCCAUUUCCCCGCCGUACCACCCCGUGGUGCGGACUUUGCCUCCUGCUACCCUGUGGCCGAGCCGAGUUGGGAUGGGGAAGUUUCUGGAGUUGUCAGUGGCGCUGCCCGCGGCCACCUAGGGCCGAGGUGCGGACGCCUGCGAGGCGCCCCCGCGGGUGGCCGGGGCAUGCGGCGCGGGGGCGCGGCUCCGUGACGCGGCGGGCGGGGACCGGGGCGCAGGGGGCUGGCCGCGCGCUGUGCCGGCGAGGGCGCCGCGGGGACCGGGACCGGCGCGCGGGACGCGGCCAUGGAGGACGCGGGAGCAGCUGGCCCGGGGCCCGAGCUGGAGGAGCCUGAGCCGGGGGCUGGCACCUCCGAGGCCUUCUCCCGACUCUGGACCGACGUGAUGGGCAUCCUGGAUGGUUCACUGGGAAACAUCGACGACCUGGCACAGCAGUAUGCAGAUUAUUACAACACCUGCUUCUCCGACGUGUGUGAGAGGAUGGAGGAGCUGCGGAAACGGCGGGUGUCCCAGGACCUGGAUGUGGAGAAACCCGAUGCCAGUCCCACGUCACUUCAGCUGCGGUCCCAGAUUGAAGAGUCCCUUGGCUUCUGUAGCGCCGUGUCAACACCAGAAGUGGAAAGAAAGAACCCUCUUCAUAAAUCAAAUUCAGAAGACGGCUCUGUAGGAAAAGGAGAUUGGAAGAAGAAAAAUAAGUAUUUCUGGCAGAACUUACGAAAGAACCAGAAAGGAAUAAUGAGACAGACUUCAAAAGGAGAAGAUGUUGGUUACGUUGCCAGUGAAAUAACCAUGAGUGAUGAGGAACGGAUCCAGCUAAUGAUGAUGGUCAAAGAAAAGAUGAUCACCAUUGAGGAGGCCCUGGCCAGGCUCAAGGAGUACGAAGCCCAGCACCGGCACUCAGCUGCCCUGGGUGCUGCCGACUGGCCGGAGGGCCCGUACCCGCUGUGUGACGGCUCAUCCAACUGCAAUUCAAGAGAACAAUCGGAUGAUGAGACCGAGGAGUCAGUGAAGUUUAAGAGGUUACACAAGCUGGUAAACUCCACUCGAAGAGUCAGAAAGAAACUAAUUAGGGUGGAAGAAAUGAAAAAACCCAGCACUGAAGGUGGGGAGGAGCACAUGCUGGAGAGCCCCCCGGUCCCGGUCCUGGAGGAAAGGUCCGCCCUUUACUCUGGAGUGCACAAGAAGCCGUUUUUCCUUGAUGGCUCCCCUGAGAAACCUCCCGAUGAUGACUCCGACUCUCUCACCACGUCUCCAUCGUCCAGCAGCCUGGAUACCUGGGGAGCCGGCCGGAAGCUGGUCAAAACCUUCAGCAAGGGAGAGAGUCGAGGUCUGAUUAAGCCCCCCAAGAAGAUGGGGACGUUCUUCUCCUACCCAGAAGAAGAAAAGGCCCAGAAGGUGUCCCGCUCCCUCACCGAGGGGGAGAUGAAGAAGGGUCUCGGGUCCCUGAGCCACGGGGUAAGUACGGAUGGUGUUUGCUUCUAUGACAACAACCGUCGCAGGCACCACCUGCUGGUGUCCCUGGAGGAGGUUCAGAGUGUCCGGAAGCAAAUCCGCUUGAAGAAAACGGAUACUAAUUAUUCCUGUUCCAGAGCUUUUCUCUGCCAGCGUCCCUCCAGAAAAGGCGUCCCCAGCAGCACCUGCGACCUGCAGCUGCUCCGGCAGAAACCCAAAGGGGGAGGCGGCUGCGGCUUCCCCGGCAGAAGGGUGCGCGGGCGCUCGGCCGUCAGUGAGUUCAAUAUCACCUACGUGGUGGAGCGGAGUCUGUACAGCCACCUGAACUUGACCCAGCUAGUGCGCCCUGCCUCAGACAGGACCCUGAGCAAGGCUGAGAAACAGGACCUGAGGCGGUGCCUGCUGGAGGAGGAGGAGGAGGCAAAGAGGAAGUGGGCCGCCACUGUCGACCGCUGUACUAAAAGGGUUCUCUUGAGAAUCCACCAGAAGUCUAGAACCUGCAGUUUUGGAGGAUUCGACUUGACAAAUCGUUCUCUGCACGUUGGCAAUAACAGUUCUGAUCCGAUGGGUAAGGAAGGAGAUUUUGUGUACAAAGAAGUAAUCAAAUCGCCCACUGCCUCCCGCAUCUCUCUUGGGAAAAAAGUGAAAUCAGUGAAGGAGACAAUGAGGAAAAGAAUGUCUAAAAAAUACAGCAGCUCAGUCUCUGAGCAGGACUCUGGCCUUGAUGGAAUGCCGGGCUCCCCGCCGCCUUCACAGCCUGACCCAGAGCACAUGGACAAACCCAAGCUAAAAGCCGGGGGUUCUGUGGAAAGUCUUCGGAGUUCUCUGAGUGGCCAGAGCUCCAUGAGUGGCCAGACAGUAAGUACGACUGAUUCCUCAACCAGCAACAGGGAAAGUGUCAAGUCAGAAGAUGGUGAUGAUGAAGAGCCGCCCUACCGGGGCCCCUUCUGCGGGCGCGCCCGGGUGCACACCGACUUCACCCCCAGCCCCUAUGACACAGAUUCGCUCAAGCUCAAGAAAGGGGAUAUCAUUGACAUAAUCAGCAAACCACCCAUGGGUACCUGGAUGGGCCUGUUGAACAACAAAGUUGGCACCUUCAAGUUCAUCUACGUGGACGUGCUGAACGACGAUGAGGAGAAGCCCAAGCGUCCUGCCCGGAGGAGGAGGAAAGGGAGACCCCCUCAGCCCAAGUCUGUGGAGGACCUCCUCGAUCGGAUUAACCUGAAGGAGCACAUGCCCACUUUCCUGUUCAAUGGGUAUGAAGACUUGGACACCUUUAAGCUGCUGGAAGAAGAAGACUUGGAUGAGUUAAAUAUCAGGGACCCCGAGCACAGAGCUGUGCUCUUGACGGCAGUGGAGCUGUUACAAGAAUAUGACAGUAACAGUGACCAGUCCGGAUCCCAGGAGAAGCUGCUUGUCGACGGCCAGGGCCUGAGCGGACGCUCCCCCCGAGAUUCGGGGUGCUACGAAAGCAGUGAGAACUUGGAAAAUGGCAAGCCCCGGAAAACCAGCCUCCUGUCUGCCAAGUCGUCAACCGAAUGCAGCUUAAAGUCUUUCAAGAGGAACCAUCUGGGGAACUACCCGACGUUGCCUUUAACGAAGUCAGUGGGUGCCCUGAAGCCGGGAGGCGAGGAGGGCAGGCUGGGCAGUGGCCUCCGCCCGGACACUUCCAAGGGCUGUGACCCGCCAGGUGUGACUGGUUUGACUAAAAACCGAAGAAGCCUCCCGGUUUCUAUCUGUCGGAGCUGUGAGACCCUGGAGGACCCCCAGACUGUGGAGAGUUGGCCCCGAUCCCAUUCCCUGGAUGACCUUCAAGGCGAGCCUGGUGCUGAACAGGAUGUGCCUAGUGAGGUGACAGAACCCUCCCCUCAGAUUGUACCUGAAGUGCCGCAGAAGACAAGCGCCUCUGCCCCGAAGGUCCAGCCUCUCGCACGAGAUUCUGCUGUCGACAAUGCAUUGCUACUGACCCAAAGCAAGAGAUUUUCUGAACCUCAGAAAAUAACUACUAGGAAACUGGAGGGCUCGAUAGUAGCCUCAUCCCGUGGCACGUCAUCGCCUCAGAGUUCGCCCAGAAGCUAUGAUGCUCAACCUCCCGGAGUUAAACACACUUUCCCAAGUAUACCUCUUGAGGGUCACAGAAAAGGACAUGAUUUGGAAGGAACGCACCAUCCCCCCAGCACCAAAGAAGGGGUAGAGGCUGAACAGAGGGUCCCUGAGGCCAGAACACAGCCAAAAAAUCCUUCACAGCCUCCACCUGUUCCUGCCAAAAAGAGCAGAGAACGCCUUGCCAAUGGACUUCACCCUGCUCCUAUGGGCCCUGCUGGGACCCUCCCCAGUCCCGACGCACCCUGCCUGCCAGUGAAAAAAGGCAGUCUUGCUAGCCCUGCCAGCCCCGCCAGCCCCACCAGCCCCACCAGCCCCAGUGACUGUCCACCAGCACUGGCCGUGAGGCCUUCCUCAGCACAGGAACCUGGCAGCCCACCAAGCACAAGACCACCCCCCUGGCUUGCAGAGCUCCCGGAGAGCACCAGCCUGCAGGAGCACGGUGUGAAGCUGGGCCCAGCUUUGACCAGGAAGGUCUCCUGUGCCCGGGGAGUGGACCUGGAAAUGGUCACUGAAAACAAGCUACAUACGGAAGGCAUAGACCUCACUGAGGAGCCAUAUUCUGAUAAGCAUGGCCGUUGUGGGAUUCCCGAAGCCCUGGUGCAGAGAUAUGCAGAGGACUUGGAUCAGCCUGAGAGGGACAUUGCCACCCACUUGGACCAGAUCCGGGUGAAGCUGCUUCGGAAGCAGCACCGCAUGGCGAUCCCCAGUGGUGGACUCACGGAGAUCUGUAGAAAGCCUGUCUCUCCUGGAUGCGUUUCGUCCUUGUCAGAUUGGCUCGUUUCCAUCGGUCUGCCCAUGUACACCAGCACCCUCUCUGCAGCGGGGGUCAGCACACUGAGCCAAGUGCCUUCUCUGUCCCACACUUGCCUUCAGGAGGCCGGCAUCACAGAGGAGAGACACAUAAGAAAGCUCCUGUCUGCAGCCAGACUCUUCAAACUGCCACCAGGCCCCGAGGCCAUGUAGCCAGGCUCUGCCUGGACAAGAGCCACCCUUUCACUGUGCUUACGAUGCUGAUGCAAUUCCCCCAUCUCUGGACGCGCAGACCAGAUCCAGAAGAGGCCCAGCGUACGGCCAAACAGAGCGCAGAAACUUGGCAAAGGACCAAGGACCCUCUCCUCCAGAAAAGCCCCUUCAAGGAAAUUAGUGCGAUUCUUUGACCUUCAAAGAAAAGACAAGCACUUAUUUUUAUUUUUCUGAACGCAGAAGAUGCCAGCUGGCCACAAACGCUGUGCCUCCAGUCUUGUCUUUGUGCCCUGGCAGAGGCUGAGAAGAGGGUGGGGACAGCCUGUUCCAUUGUGAUAGUGCCCUUGCCCUCUGUCCGUCACCCCGAGGACACCCGAGGGCCAGAUGGGCUUAGCUAGGCCAAAGGAACAGACUCGGGAGUUAUUGUACACUAUUGACCAUGCUCAUUGGUUCAAAGGUUAGAACAUCUGGCUGCACCAGGAAAAAAAAAAAAGUCCUAUUCUCCUUUAGAUAAACAAGAGACAUUUUAAUAAUUGCUUUCUAGCAAUCAGCUUUUAUUUGCCUUAAUCUAAGCUUUUAAGCAGUUAUCUAACUAGUGUCCACAACCCUGUAACCAUGGUUCCAGAUCUUCAGCUUAGACUGCCACCUCACGUCUGAGGUGUCUUCCACAGAAGCGGGCUUUUCUACUGAUCUCAUUCUAACAUGGCUGAUUUUGUAGUGGUGUUUGUCAGGCACCCGUUUCAUGUUGGCUUUUGAUUUUUAAGCUAACUACAGAUCUAGGCAAAAGCUAUCUGAAAUUCACAAAGGUGUUGUGUGCAUGUGUGGUACCUGCCUUUCAUUCUAAUUGAUUAGUGUUGUUACCAUGUGGGUCAUUACGCUGCAGUGUUGACUUGGAACCUUGACCUUUCCCGUUCCAAAAUUCAGUCAUCAGCCAAGGGAUCACCUUUGCAAAGAGUCACUGUAAGACUGUAUAUUUCAGAAAGACGUGCUUACAAAGGGAAGUAGUUUAUAACAUGUUUUUUAAAAGUUUUUUCAGUUUUAUAAUUAAGAUACUGUUAUUCUUAUUUAGACAAUUCUUUUCAUUCAAACAAAGGUUCCUUGUGGAGCCAGACAAACCACAUUAGCCAUGUGUUAAGUAUUUUCGUAUUUCAUUUGUUUUUCACCCUAUUUCAACACAUUCUGUCCUCUUUUAGGCUGGUGUCAGAUUUUCUAUCAAACAGUGAAUUUAUACAACAAAACUAUUAAGGUUUCCGUUGCUUUAACAAAAUGAUUUUCUUUUAGUCUUAUCAUGGGCACUAUGUUAAACACAAAUGUGAUCAUUUAUAACAGAAACAUCUUGAACACAAGGCCUUGGUCAAAGUUCUGUAAUAUUUCACCUACUUAUUAGAACAAAUGAUUUCCCAGGUGCUGGGGGAAGUGAUUUCAUUCAUUACAAAGCCAUUUGGAGCACGUGCUUUAUAUCUGGAUCCAUGUUUCUAAGGAAAAGGACGUUCUCAGGUGAUGUGGGUUUUGUUUUUUUUUCCAUGCUGUGGUAUGCAUUUUUUAAAAUAAUGUAUGUUUGUUCAAUAAUAUUCACCUUCUAUAAGAUGCCAUGUAAAGAAGUUGUGGAAAUGUAGAAUGAAAAGGUAAAGCUGCCAGAUUUCUAUUGAACUCUUAAAAACAACUCAGUUUUUGUCCUCAUGGGUUGUGGCCUGGCCCAUUUGGAAUGUAAUGAGGCUGUAGGGUUCUCCAAAAAUGAGAAAAGUCAGGCGUAUUUCACCUGCUGUGGUGGAGACAGGUGCUGUAAAGCAGGCUUCCCUUCCUGCUUUUGGAAUACCUUGCUUGACAUUCUGAUGAGAUUCUGCUCAUUGUGUAAGCUGAGCAAAAAGACUACGCAAACGUUGCGUAAAAGAUAUCUUAGGAGAGUUUCCCACCUGUGUAGUUCAAUCUCGGCAUAGGGUAUUCAUUUCGGUAAAAGUAACACCAGAAAAGGGAACUUUCUGGAGUUCUUGACAAUGCCAAACCCUAUUUUUGUCUUUAUUCUUUGGAAAUCCAUGCCUUUGCAAAGAAAAUUAAAUUCAGGGACCAUAAAUAAUUUCCAUUGGGAAUGUCUAAUCUGAGGGGGUUUGAGGGUAUAGUUUUGACUUUAUUUUUAUGGUUUAAAAAAAUUUUUUUUUACUAUUUCUUUAGUGUUUGUUUGGUCUUCUUUUGCUUUAAACUUUUAAUUUGGUCUGGAAAAGCCUGAAUGUUUGUGUGUGACAUUUGACCGAUUUGGAGCCACCUGCAGACAUUAGUCAGCAGGUGGUCGGCUUCAGCAAUAGCCGGUUUUACUCAGUGGUAUUUGGUACAGAAUUUUGAGUGACAGUGAAUAUUGCUGUCUUUGGAAAGCACAAAAGAACCCUGGAAAGGCAGUUUGGCUCAGGUAGCUACACAUAACAUUGUGUAUAGUUUUUACUUCAAAGCUGGCUGGAAGGAAGAAAGCAGCUGGCUCCAGUGAGUAUUUACAUUCCCAGAUAACCAAGAAGCAGAUAUCUUUUAAAGGCCUUGCCUUAGUCAGAGGCCCUUUUCUCUGUCCUGAACCAAGGUGUGAGUGAAAUUGGAAAUUAAUAGUCUAUUGGAAAUCAGUUCCUGAUACAUCAAAGUUAGCUUUCACAGCUGCAGCAAAAGAGGUUACCUGGCCACGUCGCCACUGCACGGGUGUACUGUGUUACUUUCAGAAAAACAGAUAAUAGUUUGAGUCCAAAUUAUCUUUGAUUUAAAAUUGAUAGAGAAAAGAAACUAUCAAGCAAGUUAUAUAACAACUAACAACAUUGCACUUUCUGUAUAUGAAAUCAAUAUUUAAAUAACUUAUUUUUCUCCAUUGCUAUUCUUAAACAUUGUAAGUAGCUGUAAUAUACCAGUACCAAUAUGUUCUUGCAAUUGCUUCAGCCAAGAAAGCUAUGUAUUGUUUUAAAAAUUGUAAAAAUUAUUGUGAUGAUUCAUUUAGCAAAAAGAAAGAUGGACAGAAGGGUUUCCCUGUGUAUCAAAACUUGUCUAUGUACCUAGAAAAGAAAGUAAAUAAAUUCCUUCAGCUGAA